CAACAGGACCAGUAUACAUCGAAUCUCGGAUCGGUUUGCAUCGCUGAAAUACUUCAAAGCUAGUCCCAAUGAAGAGCUUGGCUAAUCGGAACCGGUUGUUUGCAACCACUUUAGUGCUACUGAUAAGCACUGCACAUUUUGGAAGUGCCGCUAGCUUGCCCCCCGAAGAUGAAUCUCCAUUCAGCUAUGACCCUCCCCGAAAUGAUGCCUUCGAUUGGAAGCUGAUAAAGAGUAUUUUCCCAAGCGUCGACAGCAAUGUUGUGAUGUCAACAUUUUCAACCAAAUACCUGCUAAACAUUCUAUACGAGGGAACAAGCGAUGGGUCCCAAACGCAACGCGAGUUGAAUGAACCACUGGAAAGAUCCGGCCGUCACUCGGCCAAAGAAGAGGCCACUUGUGUCAGGAUUAUGAAAGCUUUGCAGCAGAAACCCAACCAACUUUCAAUUGCGAGUGCCGUAUUUGUAGAUCAAGAAAUCAAUGUGCAGCAAAAGUUUGCUGGAACCGUAACGAUGUCAUACAAUGCAAGUUUGAUGGAUGUGAAUUUCGGGGAUUCCCCGAAAGCUGCUGAGCAAAUUAACAAAUGGAUCCGAGAAGGAACGCGGGGUCAGGUGGAAAAUCUCGUGUCUCCCGAUAGCCUCCGGGAUACGUUCCUGCUGCUGGCCAAUACCGUUUAUUUCAAGGGAUUGUGGGCGAACGUUUUCCCGACUAGUGCGACAACAACACAAUCUUUCAAAACGGGCGAUGGCCGCACGGUGCAAGUUCCAUUCAUGAAGCAGAUUAACUACUAUCACUACACGGAAUCGAAUGCUCUUAAUGCCAAACUUUUGCGGCUCCCUUACGAAAACUACAAAUUUUCGAUGGUUAUUUUAUUGCCAAAUCAAAACAGUAAUUUGCAGCAGCUGAUCAGCAAACUUUCAUCACAUUCUAUUCGUGAUGCCAUCAAUGCUAUGGAACAGGAUGAGGUGAAAGUUGAGCUACCACGUUUCCGCAUCGACUACUCCGGAUCUCAGAAGGAAGCCCUCCUACAGCUGGGUGUGAACCGCAUUUUCCAAGAUUCUGCUGAAUUGGGAGCCAUUGUACGGGGACGCAAUCAGCCGCUGAAGGUGGGAGACAUUUUCCAGAAGUCCGUUAUCGUUGUCGAUGAGCAGGGCAGUACGGCUAGCGCGGCAUCCGGUGCUUCCUUGGUGUUUACAAUUGCCAGCGAACCGGAACAGUUCUACGUUAAUCGGCCGUUCCUGUUUUUCCUAGAAGAGACCUCAACCAAUACGAUUUUGUUCGUCGGGAAGGUUGAGAACCCAUCCGUUUGAAAAUUAUUGAAGUUAUAAGAAAGCUGUAUAGGUGACUUUUCAUAAAAAAAACGAGUGUUAUUAAAAUAAGGAAAUGGCAAUCAAACAUUACAUAAGAAUAAUUAAAAGUUA